AUGGCCAGCCCAACGUUCAAGCUCAACACCGGCGCUACCAUUCCCGCGAUUGGCUACGGAACAUGGCAGAUUCCGAUUGACCAGGUCGACAAGAUUGUCGCAUACGCGAUCCUUGAGGCUGGAUACCGCCAUAUCGACUGUGCAUGGAUGUACGGGAACGAGGAGGGCGUUGGUAAGGGCAUCAAGGCCGCGCUAGACUCCGGCAAGGUCAAGCGCGAGGAGCUCUUCAUCACCAGUAAAGUUUGGGGCAGCUGGCACAGCCGCGUCGAGGAGGCACUCGACGACUCGUUGAAGAAGCUCGGCUUGGAAUAUGUUGACUUGUACCUGAUGCAUUGGCCGAUCCCGCUGAACCCGAAGGGAACACCGCAGCCGAUCCCGUUGCGCCCUGACGGCUCUCGCGAUAUCGACGAGUCCUGGGACAUCAAGGACACCUGGAAGCAGCUUGAGGCCGUCGUCGAGAAGGGCAAGACGAAGGCCAUCGGUGUAUCGAACAUGUCGCAGAAGAAGCUCGAGUCGUUCCUCCCCUCCGUCAAGAUUGUACCCGCCACGAACCAGCUCGAGAUUCACGCUUACAACCCUGAUCAUGCCCUCGUGUCAUACUGCCUUUCCAAGGGCAUUCUACCGCAGGCGUACUCUCCACUCGGCUCUUCGGGUAGUCCUGUCAUGAAGGACGAGACGGUCGUAAAGAUCGGCGAGAAGUAUGGUGCCACCGGCGCUGAUGUUCUCCUUGCAUGGCUAGUCGCAAAGGGAAUCUGCGCCAUCACGCGCUCGAGCAGCGAAGCGAGGGUGAAGGCAAACAUCGAGGGCCCGACCCAACUCGCGCCGAAGUUGAGCAAGGAAGACAUCGCGACCCUGGACGGGCUCGCUGCCGCCGGCAAGCAGAAGCGUCUCGUCACGCCGCCAUGGGGUGUCGACCUCGGCUUUGAGAACUGGCCGCAACCGGCGAAGAAGUAA